AUGGCCAAACCUCCCCCUGCCGAGACUCCGCUGUCCUCGGACGUCAUUUCCAACGAGGCCCAUUUGCCUAAUACCGGAGCCUCUGAGACAGAGCGACGAUUGCUGGAGAAGCUUUUUAAGGACUAUAACCUGAAGGUUCGUCCUGCUCGAGUCUGGAAUGAGAGAGUGAUGGUGAGAGUCGGAAUGACUCUGGUCCAGCUCAUUAGCCUGGAUGAGAAGAAUGGUGAGAUGACAACAAAUGUCUAUAUGAAUCUGGCAUGGUCAGACUAUAGAUUGUCUUGGAACCCAGAUGAGUAUGACAAUAUAAACGUUCUCAGAAUACCACCAAACAAAGUGUGGCGCCCAGACAUCUACUUAAUCAACAAUAACGAUGGCCAAUUUGACGUGGCGCUGUAUGUGAACGUGCUGGUGUACAAUGACGGCACGGUUACUUGGCUUCCACCUGCUAUAUACCGAAGCAGCUGUUCUAUAGAGGUGGCGUAUUUCCCUUUUGACUGGCAGAACUGCACCAUGGUGUUUCGCUCCUACACUUACGACGCGUCAGAGGUCGACCUGCAAUACGGCCUGGAUGAGGACGGCCGUGAGAUACAAGAGGCUGUGAUCGAUAAAAACGCUUUCACCGAGAAUGGAGAAUGGCAGAUCCGUCACAAGCCGUCCAGGAAGAACGUCGACAUGGACCUGUACGAGGACAUCACCUUUUACCUGAUCAUCGAAAGAAAGCCGCUCUUCUAUAUCAUCAACAUCAUCGUACCCUGCAUCCUCACCAGCGUUCUGGCCAUAUUUGUCUUCUACUUACCUCCUGGAGCAGGAGAAAAGAUGACCUUGUCCAUCUCGGUCCUCAUCGCCCUCACCGUCUUCAUGCUCCUGCUGGCCGAUAAAGUCCCCGAAACCUCACUGGGGAUCCCCAUCAUCGUCAACUACGUCAUGUUCACCAUGAUCCUGGUCACCUUCUCCGUCAUCCUUAGCGUGGUGGUGCUCAACCUCCACCACCGAACCCCCAACACGCACCACAUGCCUUUGUGGGUGCGCAAGGUGUUCAUUCACUUCCUACCCAGGUAUCUGGGUGUGCUGAGACCACACCCAGAGGAACCGCUGGUGGACAAACCAAGUGACGACAUGCCUCCCAGUCGCCUUGACGGGCUCAGGCCUGGGGGGGAGUACUUUGUGCGAAAGAUCAAACCUGAGCUCAUAAUGCCAUGGAGAGGAGGGAGUGAGAGUACUGUUCAUUUGCAGAGGUUCUUUGACAGUGAGAACUACUGUCUGAUCUUACCACCGGAUCUCAAAUCCGCCAUCGCCGCUGUCACGUACAUGGCUGAACAGCUGAAGAAGCAGGAUGCAGAUGACACAAUGACAAAUGACUGGCAGUACGUGGCCAUGGUGGUGGACCGGCUUUUCCUCUGGCUUUUCGUCGUCAUCACCACCCUGGGGACUCUGGCUAUGUUUGUGGAUGCCAGCUUAAAUUACACACCUGAGAACCCCUUUCCCUGA